AUGGCAAGCCCCAUGGAGAAAACAGGAAACUCAGAGCAGAACCCCGCGCUUCAAACAGGACACCGAAGAGCUCCCGGAGAGGGCCCUGAGCCGGUCCUGGUGGCAGCCGGCUGGGUCUAUCAAAAGGAGGAAGCCAACAAGGACGUGGACCCGCGCCCCGGGCCCGGCGCGGCCCCGGGGGCUUUGUGCCCGGGGUCCACCCGGCCGCCCGCGCCCCCGCCGGGCACCGCGGAAGCCACAAAGCCCCGCCGGGGCCGGCCGGGGGUGGGGGUCCCGCCUGCGCCCCCCCGGCCAGGCCCGGCGGACGAGCACGCGCGCAGCCCCCACGUCGCCCGGGCGCGCGCGCGCCCACGCCCCUCUCCCCGGAGGCGCGCCCCGGCCCCCGCCCGCGCCCCCUCACCGCCCCCCGGCCACCCUCUCACCUCGUGUGCGGCGGCGGCGGCGCUCCGCCCGCCGGCCGGCCGGCCUCGCUCGCGACCCCUCGUCUUCGGCGCCCGGCCCGCGCCGCCCGCGCCCGCCCCGUCCGCCCGCCGCCGGCCCGGCUCGGCUCCCCGCCCAGCGCGCCCCGAGCGCCGCUCACAGCCGCCCGCCCGGCGCCAUCUUGGAAGCUUGUGA